GGCAACGGAAAAAAGCUCUGGACUCCCAUAUUUCCGCGGACUAGUAAAUAGACCCAAAAAACGUCGAAGGUGACAUGGGAUUCAGACAAGCCGUGGUCCUUGCCAGCGUUUGCUUCGCGUUUGGAAUACUUUUCGUGUGCUUCACGGUUGACCACAAGCUACUAUUUGGGGAGUUGACUGAACAGACCGUUGAUGACGGUUUUUUCUUCUACACGACGUUUUACAAUGCUCCGCCGGUAAUACGAGCACUUUUGCACAGUGUAGUGGGUAUAGGGGUGCUGGGUUUAAUUGCGAAACUACACAAAUGGGAUGAUACGGCAAUGUUCUUCGAUGGGAGUUCGUUAGCGGCGUAUGUGUUCGCCAUCGGGGUUUAUAUUUCCGUAUCGAUUCCUUCGCUUCGUACAAUCGUGGACCCCGUCGUUGACGUUGAUACGCGCGAGGACCGCAUCGAGGCCAUGCGUGUUCUAGCUGCAGGUAACACUAUCAUUAUGGUAUUACUGGGCGCCGUGCUCUGUCUCCAGGGCGGAGAGGAGUACUCAAGACGCUUUGAGGCGAAAGAAAUCGCAAAAUGGACCGAGAAAGAGAAGGCAAAGACGGUCGAGACCGCGGCAGAAAAGAAGGAACAAUAAUGACACACAGCCCGU